AUGGUGAGGUUCAACCUAACAGAGAAACAGUCUGUGGCAGAUUAUCUCUCUGAGGAUCUUCCAUAUAAACUAUCGCCGGAUGAUGUUUGUCUCACUGUUGGUGCCCGUCAUGCAAUUGAAGUAAUAUUGACAGUUCUUGCUCAACCUGGUGCCAAUAUCUUACUUCCUAGACCAGGGUAUCCAUAUUAUGAAGUUGUGGCCACAUUGAGCCAUCUUGAGGUCCGCCACUUCGAUCUUCUCCCAGAACAGGGUUGGGAGGUUGAUCUUGAUGGUUUGGAAGCAUUAGCAGAUGAUAACACUGUUGCCUUAGUUAUCAUCAACCCUGGAAAUCCCUGUGGGAAUGUUUUCACGUAUGACCAUUUGCAAAAGGUUGCGAAGACUGCAAGAAAACUUGGAAUUCUUGUGAUUGCGGAUGAAGUUUAUAGCCAUCUAGCAUUUGGAGGUAACCCAUUUGUGCCAAUGGGAGUGUUUGGAUCAAUUGCACCUGUUCUUACAAUUGGGACAUUAUCAAAGAGAUGGAUUGUUCCUGGUUGGCGUCUUGGUUGGAUUGCAACUACUGAUCCCAAUGGCAUCCUUCAAAAAUCUGGGAUUGUUGAGUCAAUUAAGAGCUAUCUUGAAAUUGCUGCUGAUCCUGCGACUGUUAUUCAGGGGGCGGUUCCUCAGAUCCUAGAGAAAACUACUGGGUGUUUCUUCCAGAAGAUUAUUACUGUACUCACAGAAGCUGCAGAUAUUUGUUAUGGUGAACUCAAAGAGAUCCCUUGCAUUACUUGUCCACACAAACCAGAAGGGUCCAUGUCUGUAAUGGUGAAGCUAAAUCUGUUGGUACUAGAUGGCAUAGAAGAUGAUAUGGAUUUUUGUACCAAGCUUGCUAAAGAAGAGUCUGUUAUCAUUCUACCAGGUGUUGCUGUGGGACUGAAGAAUUGGCUCCGUGUAACUUUUGCCAUUGAGUCGACACCUCUUAAAGAUGGCCUAGGCAGAGUGAAAGCCUUCUGCUUGAGGCAUGCUAAGAAGGAAUGA